AUGGAGCCUUUACAGAGGGUGACUUCUGAUCAAGACUCAAGGCUGCAGGACCAGAGAACACAGAGCGUAACAGACAGCAAGUUUCUACAGAACUCUUCACAGUUUGCUCUUCAGGAUAGUAAUCUGUCUCCUGCUCUAUCAUUACUACCAUCAGAGUCUGGACUAGACCACAACAUAGACUUUUCUUUGUUUCAACGAAGUGACAGAGAAUUUGCCCCUUUAAGUGCAUGUCUGGACAUAUCAGUUGCAUCUGAGACGUUUCAAAUUCCACCUCAUGAGGAGAAAACUUCAGAGCAGCACAAAGACAAAAUUGAUACAGAGGAACUGGACAGUUCAAAUUCUGGUAAUAAAGUUGCCACUUCUAUCGGGACAUCAUCUAUCAGCCUGGAAGUGGAUAACUAUGACCCAUAUUGGACUGGAAAAGCCUCCACACCACCUCCUCAACACAAGCCUCGAGAGUUAAAUAUUGAAGAGAGAAUCCCGUUGUAUCUUCAAAAUUUGGGCAUCAAUCAGUCUCCUUCAACCAUCCUGACACCAUUUGCCCCACGGGGACCAAUCAGAGAGCCAGAGUUUUCUCCCACAGAGCUUGGUACAAUUAAAGGAUCUACUCCCACCAAAAGUAUCCAGCCUUCUGAAGAUGGAACUCCUCAUAAGGCUGAGUUCUCCAGAUCCUCAUCAGACUCUGUGUUGACGACGAGGGAAAGACUGACCGGUGGAGAAAUAGUCCAACCUGCCAGACAAAGCGGUGUAGUGAGCCGAAGCGCAGGUUUGUCUUUAGUUCUCAACAAGUCAGUCCAAAGAUCUGAACCAGAGGGGUGCAGCGCCGCCCCACCUGAUCAAGUCCAAGUCCAACUGUCUCCCCUCGCUGCUGCCAUAGAAACGACUGUGCCAGAGGAGAGUAAGGAGGCAGUGCUAGAAACAUCAAAGGACAGUCCUGUACAGAGCAGCAUCUCCUCCCCCGCCCCCCUGGAGUCUCUAAGUGACAGCAGCAGUCAGAGCUCUCUGGCGAUUCGAGUGGCCAAGUUACUCCAAACUGAGUCUCCGGCUACAAUGGUUUCUAGUACCAACAGUGUGGACCAGGAAGAGGGUAGAGCCAGAGAGUGGAUCAAGCUGAUGAUUUCGGGUCAGAAAUGUGAACCUCUGGAGUUGGACCAAGAAGACAGAAGAAGAAUUGAAGAAAUCAAGAGUGAACUGUUACUGAAAAAUCCCAAACUGGGCUAUGCCAGCACAGACACAGAAAGCAGCGCUGCAUCAAGUCUUCGAGACCCAAAAGGACCAAUUUCACUUCAUCAAAUAGAUGCUCACAAGUCCAAAAUCCCAGAAAUGCCGCCUGACCAGCCAAAGAGCCUUAGUCGAGCAGACGACAUAAUUGAGAGCAAAGUCCGCCUCCUCCUCUCGCCCAAACCCAUGGAUCAUAGCUCUUCAGCCUUCACUCGGGAUGUCAGUUUGCCCCAAAGACAUUUUGUCCCGCUCAGACACUCCCCUUCCACCCCCAGCAGCCCAGACGAAGGAGUGGGUCUGUCCAGUCCGCCCGAAUGGCAGGAGGUUCCCAAAAGAGGAGAACGAUUCGAGUCCAACAGGAGGUUCAUGCAUCAGCUCGGUGUCACGUCUGCCAUUCGCACGUCGCCACAGACUGUGGAUGCAGCCAUUGUGCCUCAUCUCUUGCCUUACAAACCUAAUGGCAGCGAGGAGCUCUUCUAUGUUCCACAAACAGAAGCCGAUUCCUCCAAUGACACGACCAUGGAGAGCACUCAUACCGGCUCGGACGACGCUCUGCCCCCGCGCUUCAGCAAUGAUGUACUGGGACAUCAGGACCGGGGUCUGGACCGAGGAGUGACGCUCCGGCACUCAGAGGGCAUCUACAGCAAGAGACUCCACAAGGCAGGCGUCAGCAUGAGCCAGCAGCAGCAGCGAGAUGCAGUGAACUACCCCUUACCCCUCGGGCUUCAGCUUCCACAGCCCUCCUCCCCAGCCUUGACCCGAAAGCUUUCACCCGACACAGAGCUCCCCACAGCUUCUCGGAGAGAUCAGGGCACCAGUCCCUUAUCAUUCCUCAUCCACCAAUUUCCAAAGACACAAGACUCACACAAACAUCAUCACCCAGACCCAAUCCGAAACCAGCCUCCCUCCAGCUCAAAGCGAAACAUCAGCGACUUGGACCAACUGUGGGAAAGGUUCAGUGAACGCUGGAGGAGAGAAGAGGAGUCUCGUCCCAGAGAUGACACGGGGUCUGGAUACGGGCCGGAUUUGGAGCUUUCCAGUCCAGCAGAACGGGAUGUUUCUGUGGUUUCUGUGUCCUCCACAUCUGUGUCCACUGUGGAUACGGCGCGACUGAUCCGAGCGUUCGGCCCAGAGCGAAUCCAGAGGAACCUGAGGAGCAGCUCCAGCCUGAGUAAACUCUACUCUGCCAUCAGUAAACAGAAGGAGCAGGAGCAGCAGAACACAGCCACAACAGAGACCAGCACCGAGGACUCCUCUGUGGUUGGUUCUGCAUCGUCAAACAGCUCUUAUAAACUUCCCCCUCAUCGCGGUCCCUCCAAAUCUCUGGUAUCAAGGAAAGCUGUGAAGCUGGUGUCUAAAGGCAUUCAAGCAGGGGAUUUGGAGAUUGUCAGUAACGGGACACGGCGUCACACUCGAGACGUUGGGACCACGUUUCCUUCUCCUGGUGACGUCAGAGGUCUCCGCGGUCUGGACCGCAGGAGCGCCUCAUCCAAGAAACAUGAGAGCCAGAGCAGCCCCUCAAAGCCAUAUCCACACGGUGUUUCCUGGUUCAUUUCUGCCGAUGAACUGAAAGCAGAAGCACGAAAAGAGAACGAGCCGGAGGACUGGAGGCCGAGCACAGUGUGGUUUGAGCUUCUGAGCCGAAAACCAGUUUGGAGAGAGCCGCUGCGGCAGAGACCAGUGGAGGAGCAGAGAAACACACUGCAAACUGAGAAUGAGCCUCGUCUGAAAGGAAAGACCUCCUCUGCAGUGUCCAGAGCCAACCUGCAGGACGCGUUGUUGUCUGGGCGACCUGACUUUGUGGCACGGUCUCGACAGCGGCUGGAGAGACUCGCACUUCAGGCUGAGGAGCGGCGACUUCAGGCCCUUUUCCAACAGGAGAGAGACGAGCUGUUUAUCCAGGCCGGGGGAGCGCGGAGGCUGCCCAGACCUGCAGGCAUUGCACAGCUGAGAAGAGCUGUCCCCAGGAAAGAGAUGUUCCAGAGGUCAAAGCAGAUUUAUGAGAACCUGCCGGAGGUGCGGAGGAGGAGGGAGGAGCAGCGGCGGAAAGCGGAGUACAGCUCGUAUCGACUAAACGCACAGCUCUACAAUAAGAGAAUCACAAACCACGUCCUGAGCAGAAGAUCCGCCUGGAGCUGA